AUGUCGAACAGUGUUUAUGAUGUGAUUGUGAUUGGAGCCGGUAUCGUGGGCUCGUGUACCGCGUAUCACUGCUGCAAACUCGGCCUGAAGACUCUACAAAUUGAGCAAUUCAAUCUUGGUCAUUGGCAUGGUAGCUCUCAUGGAAUGUCAAGGAUUACGAGAUUUGUCCAUAGUCACCCAUCCUACGUGCCAAUUGUCAAAGACACUUUUGAGCAAAUCACCGAAUUCGAGGCGAAACUAGGCGAGAAGCUUUGGGAAAAAACAGGAAUGUUGUGGACGGCCUCUGAUGAAAUGGUGGAUAUACUGGCGAAAGCCUCGAUUCAGACUGGACUCGAGCAUGAGGUUUUGAGCUCAGAACAGAUCAAUGCCCGCUUCCCGCAGAUGAGUUUCGGCUCUGAGUGGCGAGGAAUCUACGAUCCGAAUGGGGGAAUGAUUUACGCUGAUAAAUGGCUUAAAAUCUAUCAAGGGGAAUACCGAGCUCUUGGCGGUCUAGUGCACGAGAACGAGGCCUUUCUGGGUGUAAGCGAGUCGAAUGGCGUCACUCAAGUCACUACCGAUAAAAAAACCUACACGACACUCAAGUUGGUGAUCGGUGCCGGCACAUGGCUGCAAACGGUUCUACCAGAGAUUGCUGCGGUCACUAGACUUCAGCUUGAGCGGAUCGCUGUUGGCUAUUGGAAAUGCAAAGACCCUCAGAAUAUAUCACUUUUCACGACAAAGAUGCCAGUUGUGAUCAUCAGAGACAAGAAAACGAAGAGAAACGAUAACUUGUUGCCGAUCAGAGACUAUUCGGAUGGAAUUAAGUACUUUGCGUGUCAAGGUCCAAUUCUUGACGCCAACGAUGAAGAUGUCGAGGGGAAAAGUCUUUCCCUUGACAUCCCACGAGCCAACCUUUCUGUCCAUUUCCCAAUGAUCGAUUCAAGCACUCCUCUUCGUGUGGAUGCAUGUAAAUUCACAAUGUCUCCGGAUAAACACUACGUUUUCGAUUGGCAUCCAAAGUACAAGAACGUGUUGAUUGGUGGUUGUAUGUCAGGCAGUGGAUUUAAAGUGGCGCCCGGUCUCGGUCGAGCUCUGGCUAAUCUGGCCGCUGGAAACAAGUCCCCAUUUGAUUUGUCGAUAUUCAGCUUGAAGCGUUUCGAUGAACUGAAA